AUGGAGCUGGGAGGGCAUCUUCACAAUGAUGGUACCUUAGGAGAUAUUUUCGCAAUAAUGAACGCGAAGGAACAUCUUCAAAAGGAAGCGACAAGUAACCAUCCUGAAAAUACCAGGAGAAAAAAUAAUCUUCAUAAAAAAAAUAAACAAAGGAACAGCACCUUAACCAUGCCGCGGAAAAAGAGCAUAUUCAUGAAGGAAAUCACACCCGAGAGGACAACUUCAAAAUGCAACACACAAGAACAUCUUCAUAUUGACGCGACAUGA